AUGCAAGAGGAUGCAUGGCGGUCAUGUUGGAGACUUUGCCAGAAGCUCUAUGACACACGAGACGACGACUACGCAUUACAAAUCCAUCCGACUCUUGAUCUCUGUCGAGAUUUUUGUCAGGCGCUGUUUGAAGCCCGUAUUCGCGACACCGACCUAUCUGACUCGGUCUUACGUGUGAGUUUUGAAUUAAAUACCCAUCUUUACAACACUCACGAUCGGAACCUUCCCGAUGCCUUCCGCGAAAGAACCUUGGAUUUCUAUAUUACUUUGUGUCAUCGUCUCAUGAAGCAGCGCACUCGCAUCAUGGAGACAGACUCUCUGCUGAGUGCAUGUUGGACAUUAGCUGAGAUGCUGUUCAGCAUUCGCCAGAGCAAGAGGGAAGAGAAGCCACUCGAUGAAGAGCUGUUGGGAUCUGCGGUUCAAGCCUGCUGGGAGCUUUGCGAUCUCUUCCGCGAGGGCUGGACCCUCCAUUGUUUGCGGAACUCGGAUCGGGGAACACCUCGACCGAGUCAAACCACGUUUUCUCAGACAUUUCAUCAGACUUCACGGCAGUCGGAGCUAGAUCUCGGUGAUGAACCAAUGAGCCAGCUCGGCAACCCCGAGACUCCAACCACCAUAUUCGAGGACACUGCAACGGCUUCACCCGACGACGCUCUGAUUCCAAAUAUACUGGUAUUAGGUUAUGGGAACGGGCAUACUAAGCCUCAUACCAAGUGGUCAUCCAAUGCAUCCAGCAUUUCGGAGCAGUCCCGGUCAUCCGGUCAUACAGUAUCCUCAGCCAACACGGUGACCACCAUCUCAGAGGAUCAAAAUCUCACGCGACUAAGGAUUCUGAUCACCAAGGCUGCCAUCAGUAGUGGUUAUCAACGGGGCGGGAAGCAGAAUCUCUCAUCUUUUGUGAAAUCGCUUCCCUCGGAUGCGUUUGGCUCCGCGGCGUGGCAGACGUCGUUGUUGAAGAACUAUAGAAAGGUCGUGGCGUUUGACCCGACAUUCAGAAGUGCUGGUCUGCAGGCCCGGGUGGGUGCCAUUGAUGUCGCGCAUGCAUGCCAGGCAAUGCUGCAAAGCGGCCAGUACUCCUGGCUUCGUGACCUCUACCGGCUCGUCUUUGGAUUCCAUAUUGAAGAAGCAAUGGGCCGCAAGGGUGCAACUAUCCAAACUUAG